GGAUAUCUUCGGCCGAUCACAUCGGGGCUCCUCUCCGCACCUGCCAUUCCCGGCCUCGCUGCUCCCUCUGGCGGCCGCGUCCCGGAACUCCAGCACCGGCUCCAGGUGUCGUUUUGCUGCCGUUUGCCUUCUCUCGCGGCUCCGGUGUUUGCUGCGCCCGGCGGUACCGGCUGGAGGUCCCGGAGUGCCCCGGCCUCAGGUGCCCCGGGUGGCGGCGCCCGGCCCCUCACCCCCCGCCGCCCUGUGAUUGGCGUGCACAGAUGGGGAGCCCCGUCCGAGCAGCCCGGGCAGAGCUCUCCGGCAGCGGGCGGCUGCAGUCAUGCUGGCCAGGAAGGGCCUGAUCCCGGAGGAGUACGUGCUGACCACCCGCCUGGCCGAGGACAUCAAUGAGCCCAAGUACCGGGCGCAGGAGCGGAGGGCGAGGUUCGUGGCCAAGAACGGGACCUGCAAUGUGGCCCAUAAGAACAUCCGGGAGCAGGGCCGCUUCCUGCUGGACGUCUUCACCACCGUGGUGGACCUCAAGUGGCAUCACACCCUCCUCAUCUUCACCAUGUCCUUCCUCUGCACCUGGCUGCUCUUUGGGAUGAUCUGGUGGCUCAUCGCCUUCGCCCAUGGUGACCUGGACUACACCGAGGAAGGCUUUGUGCCCUGUGUGACCAGCGUCCAGUCCUUCACCGCUGCCUUCCUCUAUUCCAUUGAGGUGCAGGUGACCAUCGGCUUUGGGGGACGAAUGAUCACAGAGGAGUGCCCCUUGGCCAUCCUAGUCCUCAUCAUUCAGAACAUUGUAGGUCUGGUCACCAAUGCUAUCAUGUUGGGUUGUAUCUUCAUGAAGACGGCGCAGGCCCACCGUAGAGCGGAGACCCUCAUCUUCAGCAAGCACGCCGUCAUUGCCCUACGAAACAGCAAACUCUGCUUCAUGUUUAGGGUUGGAGACCUGCGGAAGAGCAUGAUCAUCAGCGCCACCAUCCACAUGCAGGUGGUCAAGAAGUCCAGCAGCCUGGAGGGAGAGGUCCUGCCCCUCAACCAGAUAGAUAUCCAAAUGGAGAACCCCAUCAGUACCAAUGGUAUCUUUCUGGUGUCACCACUCAUCAUCUGCCACACCAUCACCAAGGACAGUCCACUGUAUGACAUCUCCGCCACUGACCUCACUCACCAGCAAGACCUGGAGAUCAUUGUCAUCCUGGAGGGGGUGGUGGAGACCACCGGAAUGACCACCCAGGCCAGGACAUCAUACUUGGCUGAUGAGAUUCUGUGGGGUCAACGCUUUGUGCCCACCAUAGCAGAAGAAGACGGCAGGUACUCGGUGGACUACUCAAAAUUUGGCAAUACGAUCAAAGUGCCCACCCCGACAUGCACAGCAAGGCAGCUGGAGGAAGACCACGGUAACCUGGACCUUCGCUCCUUCUCCCCUAAGAGCACCAUCCGCAGAAGAAACAUCUCCGUCAAGGUAAAGCCAAAGUUCACACUGUUUGAUGAGGACCAAACGUGACCCUGGACCCAUGACCUCUCCAGAUCUGGUGUCUAUGCAGCAAUUAUUUCUUCUCCAGAUCUGGUCUCUUCUAUGCAGCAACAGUCCCUCAGGAGAGACGGGGCGGUAGAGACGUGUGUGUGUGUGUGUGUGCGCUGGACUCCUCACGUUUUUCAGGAUUUUAUAUUUAUUAACCUCUUGCUGUUCUAUGCAGAUGCCUACCUAUAGAUGUUUUAGCAAUGUCUUAAGAUUCCUCCUGUGGGGGGAGGGAGGGGAAAUGUUCCUGCUAUUUAUACCCAGUGACUGCAGAUGCUCCCUCGCUGCAUCGUGUCUCGUUCUGCACUUAGU